AUGGCCUCUGCCAUCUCCUCUCCUCGGCGAGACCGCCGCCCUCCGGGCCUCGUCACGGUGGCGAAGAACCUUGUUCGGCUGCUGGUCGUGCUAGUGGUGCUCAUCACCUCAGCUGACACCCCUGCCCAAGACGGGGGGGAUCCAACAGCGGAGGACGCCAAGUACAUCUACAGCUGCGACGAUCUCGUGAUGGACAGGACACUCGUUCGCGGCUCCGUUGCCAUUAUGGGCGACAUUGUCUGCGCUGAGACCAAGAUCAUCGAGGUGGCCCAGGGCUACGGCGACGUCUUCAUCUUUGCAGAGACCAUCAUGUGGAUCAAGGGAGUCAUCUUCGAAAUUCCCAAGGGAACCAGGGUCAACUUCGGUGCGGCUGGUUUCGUCUUCGAAAGCAAUGAGGUAUGUAUGGCAUAG